ACAAGGAUGAACGCCAAUUUCCAAGAUGGCGGCGGAGGGAGGAGGGAAGGAGAUGAACGAAAUUAAAACUCAAUUCACCACCCGAGAAGGCGUCUACAAACUCCUCACUCACUCCGAAUACAGCCGCCCGAACAGGGUGCCUUUCAACUCGCAGGGCUCCAAUCCCGUCAAGGUCUCCUUCGUCAAUGUAAACGAUCAGUCCGGCAACGGCGACAGGAUCUGUUUCAAUGUGGGCCGGGAACUGUACUUUUAUAUCUACAAAGGCGUGAGAAAGGCUGCUGAUCUUAGUAAGCCCAUAGACAAGAGGAUAUACAAAGGAACGCAGCCCACAUGUCAUGAUUUCAACCCACUCACAGCCACAGCAGAGAGCGUCUCCCUGCUGGUGGGAUUCUCAGCAGGCCAGGUGCAGCUCAUAGACCCAAUAAAGAAGGAAACCAGCAAACUCUUCAAUGAAGAGAGACUUAUAGACAAGUCGAGAGUAACAUGUGUACGAUGGGUUCCUGGUUCGGAGAGUCUGUUCCUGGUGGCUCACUCCAGUGGCAGCAUGUACUUGUACAACGUGGAAAACACCUGUGGCACUACGGCACCUCACUACCAGCUCCUCAAGCAGGGUGAAAACUACGCGGUGCACACCUGCAAGAGCAAGUCAGCUCGCAACCCGCUACUGCGCUGGACGGUGGGUGAAGGGGCACUCAACGAGUUUGCCUUCUCCCCGGACGGCAAGUUUCUGGCUUGUGCGAGUCAGGAUGGCUUCCUGCGGGUGUUUGGCUUUGACGCCGCAGAGCUCCACGGAACAAUGAAGAGCUACUUCGGCGGCUUGCUGUGCGUGUGCUGGAGCCCAGAUGGACGAUACAUUGUGGCGGGUGGAGAGGACGACCUGGUGACGGUGUGGUCAUUUUCAGACUGCAGAGUGAUCGCACGGGGUCACGGUCACAAGUCGUGGGUGAGUGUGGUGGCAUUUGACCACUGCACCACCAGCGUGGAGGACGGGGACCCCCCUGCUGAGUUCAGUGGUAGUGAUGAGGACUUCCAUGAGCAAAUUCAUUUUGGUGCAGGCAGAGACAGAGCUAACAGUGCUCAUUCUCGGCUUUCUAAGAGAAACUCUACGGACAGCAGGCCUGUUAGUGUGACUUACAGAUUUGGCUCAGUGGGCCAGGAUACUCAGCUGUGUCUGUGGGAUCUCACGGAGGACAUUCUCUUUCCUCACCUCCCGUUGUCCCGCACUAGGACUCACACUAACGUUAUGAGUGCCACAAGCCCUCCAGCCACUGGACAAACUACUACUACUACUGUAUCCACCACCACCACUAAUCCCAGUGGCACCAAUGGUAAAGACAAUGUGAGCAAUAGUAGCUCCAGUGGUAACCCAGCUAACUCCCUCCCCAGCACCCUGCCUCGGUCCAACAGCUUGCCACACUCCUCCAACCCAGCAGGGGGCAGCACCCCCAACAGUCACACAGGCAGCAGCAGCAACAGCAGCACCACCACCAAGGGCAACAGUAUAAUUGACAGUGCUUUCAUUGCCACCGGAGUCAGCAAGUUCGCGACGCUGUCGUUACACGACUCGCGCAAGGAGCGCCACGAGAAGGACCACAAACGAAACCACAGCAUGGGUCACAUCAGCAGCAAGAGCAGUGACAAGCUCAACCAGCUUAGCUCAUCACGGACGGCAAAAGCUGACGCAGCUAAGACUCUGGGCACCACGCUGUGCCCGCGCAUGGAUGAAGUGCCACUGCUCGAGCCGCUGGUGUGCAAGAAGAUCGCUCACGAGAGACUCACUGUGUUAAUCUUCCUUGAGGACUGUCUGGUAACAGCCUGUCAGGAGGGUUUCGUUUGCACAUGGGCUAGGCCUGGGAAAGUGGGAUUGCUAUCAUCUCAAAACAACCCAGCCAACUCUCCCAGUGGAACAGUAGUAUAGCCCCAGUGCUGGUGCUGCUAAUGACAGCUCCAUGCAACAGAGACGGGGAUGACCAAGGCCAAGGCCCUGCAGCGCUUCUUCACACACUGUCACACACCACACGACCUCCAGUGUCACCUUCAUUCUCAUCACUAAAACCACACAGAUGCUCUGUUUUGUGUUACUGCUCUUGUUAAAGAUAACCGAUGUUGGCCAAGCCAGGGUUAGAAACAUGGCCCCCUUUUGUCUGGUGGGGGGGGUGUGGGGGGGGAGUGAAAAGGGUGCUAUUGGAAAUAAGAGGGCAAGCUUUAAAUCAUCCAGGAGGUUUAUGGGAGGGGUUGACUGGCUCACUGUUACAUCCACGGUCAUAUCAAGUCACGUCUAGUCUGAAAAUAACAAACUCUCGUACCCAAUCCUUUGUGCCUGUAGUUCUUCAAAGACUAGACAUGGUGUAAGCAUUGUGGUAAUGCCUCAGCCUAACCUUUUGUGUGGGUUUAAUUUGGUCAUAUUUUCUAUAUUUUGUUUCUGCAAAUGUAUUCACAGAUAAAGGGAAUAAGAUGAGGGAUAGUUUUAGAAGAGCAACGUGUCCCCCAAUGCCAAGUCUCCUUCAUUUUUUUUUUUUUUUUUUAACCUCCUGGGCGAUCCCUUGUGCAGUCACAUUCCUUAAACACCUGCUCAAGAGAGACUGGAGCUUUUCACUUCCUUUUACAAAUGCUUCAGUCAGAGGUAUCACACUUAAAAGUGUAUUUUUGCACAGAUUUUCUUUCAUUCUUGUUCUCUCGUUUUUCCCAUUUUUGAAUUCAUUGACGGUGGAACACGAGAAAUAUUCUGAAGACAGCUUUGGAAGCACUUGGGGAAAUGGCAUGUUAUUGCCUACUGUCUCAACGCUGGAUGCUGCAAUCAUAGUUUUUUAUAUGGAAAAAAAAAUUGUUUGCACUUAAUAGUUUGUUAGAGGAGAAUGGCUUUACAUUUUUGGAGUGUGUAAGAACACCUUGACAAGGUUGAAAUAUAAAUAGAAUUAAAAGAAACCUUUGUAUCUAUUGAACAUUUAUUUUAAUAUUGUUUCAGAUUAAAUGGGCUCUGUAUUAUAUGUAAAUAUUGUACUUCGAUGAUUUAUGGGUGAAUCGAUCAUUAUUUCAUUAGCUGAAAGAUCCUCAUUUCAGAAAAUAGUGAUAUUUCUAAUACAGAAAAUCUAUACCUAAUAUUAAAAUGAAUCUUGAAUAUGCAGGUGAAAAAAAUGUUUCUUUUCUGUUGUACAUAAAGAGAAUUCAGGUGUAUUUUUAUUAAUGAAACGUUUGGUAUAGGGAGAUCUAUGAAAUCCUCUUAUCUUAACAGGUAGUGCUGAAUGCUAGCUAGCCUGUCGCUGCGGAUCCCUUUUACAACGUAGGCAGGUAGGCGCAGACGCGGCGGUCUAAUUCAGCCAUCUCUCUCCGAGCUCAGGUAAACCACAGGAAGACUAACGCCGGCAUAGUCCCCCCCCCCCCCCCCCCCUUCCCCUCGCCCGUUAGCACUAGUCCCAUCCCAUCAACAUGCGUGUGAAUUCAACUUAACUAACAAAUAUCUCUGACAAAACCACGUUCUGCAGACAGGGCUGAAAUCUGUGACUCCUGUUAUUGUGAGUAAUAAUUACUGAACUGAUGCUGAACUUGUGAACAAACUUCUGACACUGUGUUGAAUACCAACUGACUAAUGUCAGCACUUGAUGGUGGUAUGAGUGCUUGAGGUGAGGGUGUUUCUUUUUUUUUUUUUCCCCAAGCACCCACAAAGGAAGAGUGAGGAUUUUAACAGUGGGAGCCUUUUCCUCCAUGUGACGCCUAUUAAAACAGCUUUGACAGA